GUUUUGAGCUGGCGAAGCGUUGAAGUUGGGAUCUUGCGAAAGGUCGAGAUGGCCCCGGCAGCGUCGUGGACGGUUGGGCUCCUCAAGCCCGACAUUGCGACCGGGUUCAAGGUCGGCGUCGGCCCCGACGGCCUCGUGGAGGCUCCGCCCGGCAACGGCAAGAUCGUGGACGACGUCCUCCAGCGGAUCAAAGACGAAGGCUUCGUCGUCGAGGCGAAGCGGCUCGUCGUGCUCUCGCGCAUGCAAGUCCGCGAGAUGAUGCGUGACUGCUGGGACGAGCCGACCUUUGAAGACACCCUUGCGUUCAUGACCAGCGGGCCGUGCAUGGCCCUCCUCCUCGGUCGCGACCAAGCUGUCGAGCACUGGAACAGCGUCAUCGGCCCUGCAGACCCCACGGCGGCCAAGAAGGUGGCGGGUGCCACGCCGCCGCUGCGCGCACUCCACGGCUCGUCCUUGCUGCGCAAUGCGUUCUACGGCAGCGCAACGGCGACUUGCGCGCUGCGGGACAAGGACGUUUUGUUUCCGCCGGCGCGACCGAGCAUGGAGCGGUCGCUGGUUCUGCUCAAGCCAUCGGCGACCUGCUUUCUGGAUGCGAUCAGCGCCUUGUUUGAGAUGCACGCCUUGUAUGUCCUGGACCAGAUCGACACGGUGCUGGACGACGACGACGUCGCGCUCAUCGCUGCGUACCCCGACGACGACGCGUACAUGAGCGAGCUCGGCAGCGUCGCCAAAGGAGGCCGGAGUCGUGCCUUGAUUCUUGAAGGUCUCGAGGUGACAACCAAGCUGGCACUUCUUUUGGGCCCCUUGGACCUAUUGGAGGCGAAGCAGUACUUUCCCGAGAGCAUCCGAGCGCACAUGGGCUCGUCUCUGGUGCACAACGUCUUGGACGUCCUCUCGCCGUCUCCGAGCUCGCUGACCAAGUGGUUUCCCGGCUUUGUCGCCCUUCUCCCAGAGAAGACGUACGCCAUGAUCAAGCCCGGCGCGUCGCCCGAGACGAUAGCGGCGAUCCAGGCGCGGAUUCGUCUACUCGGCUUCGACAUCCUCGCCGAGGCAACGCAGCACUGGAGCCGCGAGGACGCCAUGGCCUUUUACGCCGAGCACGAGGGCAAAGCCUUCUUCCCGACACUCAUCGCGUACAUGUCGAGCGGUCCGAUCGUGGCGAUGAUGCUCUCGCGGGUCAAGGCGAUCGCAAUGUGGCGCAAGUGCAUGGGCCCGACCAACUCGGCGGCCGCGCGUGCGUCGAGUCCGCAGAGUCUUCGCGCACGCUUUGGCAUCGACGGCACAAAGAAUGCGACGCACGGCAGCGACUCGAGCCAGAGUGCGCUCCGAGAGCUCCGCCUCGUCUUCAAGACGCCACUGCGGUCGCUUGCACCGCUCAAGUGCAACGUCCUCGCGCAGCAGCUCGGCCCCUUCCAGGCCGAAACUAUGACCUUGCACGACGCGCUUGCAAAGGGACUCACGCUACUCUGCCAAGUGCAGCCGCAGCUGCCGCCGCUCGACGCCGCAGAGUGGCUCGGCAAGUACCUCAUUCGUCAAGCGCUUCAUCGCGACGAGAGCGAGGGCAACAGCGUGUGCUCGUAUGACGCGCCGUCGUCGUCGGUAAUCGUCGACGUCGCCCAACCCAAGGAGCUUCUUGUACCGUCGUUGAGCAGUCUGCAUCUCGUGGCGUUUUACGGCCCGUCGCCGCAGCGCGCGGCCAUGGCGACGGCCAUGGCGACGCAAUACAAGUACCUCUACAUGGACUUGACCCUCGUGCUGGAAAAGGCGCCGCCGGGCUUGGACCUCAUCGCAGUGCUACUCAAGGCCUUCAAGCGAUGCACGUCCAAGCGUGUGAUUUUGGACAACUGCCCGGCCGACCUGAGCUUUUACCUCGCCUUUCAAAAGGUCGUCGCCGAGUUUGCCUGGGUUGUGUACGUGAGCGACGACGGCGCGUUUGCGCCAAGCCCCGAGGAGCUCGACUUUUUCGACCUCUUUCAGCGCUUUGGCCAGCUGCACAUUGCGAAGGCUGCGCCGAGCUCCUCGUACCUCCUCGACGUGCACGACGCCUUUGCACCGACGCUCGUAUUCGUUCAAGAGAGCCCCCGCGCGGCGCUCUCGACCGCGCAGUGGCGCGCGAUUGGCGUCCACCAUGGCUGGACGAUCCUCGACUGGGACGAUAUUGUGCGCGCCGAACUCAAGCGCGAGGCGCGACGAUCCCAGCCACUUCUUCGGCCCUUUAUCGAAACGGGCGAGCAGAUCCCGCAGCAGCAGCUGCUUGCGCUGUUUGAUGCGAGCGUGACUGGCCACCGGUGCCUGCUUUUGCACCUCCCCGCGUACACUCGCAACAAAGCCUUUAUGUGCGCGCUCCAGCGUCGUGUUGGCGCGACCCCGCACCCACUCAUGCUCUUCCUCGACACGGAACCGAUGGAAAGUGCUUCGAUGGGUGCUUUUGAGAAGCAGUGUUUCGGACUCGGUCGGUUGUACCAUCAGUGGCUGCCGGGGCCAACUUCCGUGGCGCAUCUCUGUACGGUGCUGGCUCCGCUCUUGGCGCCUGCGAUUGGCAUCCUGGCGAUGGACGCGCCGUGGGCCAAAGACGCGGCCAGAUUGCGCGGCUAUACGGUCUUGAACGUCAAAGACGUACUUCGCGCCGAGGUGCUCAAGCGGUCGCUGGACGGAGAGACCAUCGCAGCCCUCGUCGCACGCAGCGAGCCUGUCCCAGAUGCAUUGGUGCUCGCAGUCUUGCAACGGUACAUGGCCCAAAAGCAAAAUCGUCGGGUGCUUCUCGACGAGUUUCCUCAAACAAGCGCGCAGGCUGCGUCGAUGCUGCGUGUGCUCGCUUCUGCGCCCGCCUUUGUUCUCCAGGCAGCGUCCGAGACCUUGGUGCCCGAGGCGGUGGCUCCGUUGGCAGCCGGCGCGGCCAUCGUCACCAUCACGGGGCCCAACGAAGCUACCUUAUCGACAACCCUGUGCCAAUGGUCCAUCUCCAUCGUGCUGGGUGACUUUGAUCUGAGCGACGUGGAGAUUUCGGCGCUCCAAGCACGCCUGCCGCGACACCUCGUGCUGCAUAUGGACGAAGUUGCUGCUUCGAUGCAGGAGUACGCCUCGGACGACGUCGUCAAGCUCCUUUGCUUUCUCCUGCAGCGGCGAUUAGGCAAGCAGAUUCUGCUCGUCGGGUUUCCUCGGUCGCUCGCCGAGGCCGAGCAAUUCGAAGCGACGGGCUCUGUGAUCGAGAACGUAUUUGUGCUGCACCGCAAGGUGCUCGCUGUGUCCCACGAGCCAACUGACGAAGACUACUACUCGUCCGACGAAGAAGAUCGAGCGCGCAAGAAGAGCGCGCCGGAGCCCGAGUUUGACAAGCUCCUGCGGCACUUUGCCGGACCACGGCUGCGAGCCUUCACCUUUGUGCAGCUGCCCCGCGUGUACGAGCCCAUCUGCGACGCUCUGCGGCCGCGGGUCGUGCUCGCGAUCGGUCACGAGUUGCUCGCACCACUCACGCUCGCCGUCGCGACCUCCCACAGCGCCGUGCACUUGCACGUUCCGCAUCUCCUCGAAGCGCACGCGCGGGCCUUUUCGACGCCCGCCUCUGUCCAAGACUCGGCCCUCGUCGCGCAGCUGCUGCGCGACGCGCUGUGCCGAAGCGGCGCGCAGGUCGUUGUCGUGACGGGGUACCCGCGGGUCGUCGGCGCCACCAAGCCGUACGUCCAGGAGCAGCUCUCGAUCAUUACGGCUGCGGUUGGCCCUUUGCGCAAGCUCUUGCACCUCACGUGCUCGGCGACCACGCUGCUCGAGCGCUGCGGUGGCGACAUGCGCCUCGUGCACGGGCGCACGGACGAGUUUGCUAUGGAGUUCGCUCCUCUGCUGCACUACUGUCGCCGCAACCAGACGCUGCCGGUGGCCGAGAUCUCGGCGGAUAGGUCCACCGAGGCCGUCGCCGCCGCCUUGCGCAGCCACGUGGCCGAGUGACCGCGUCUUGUACACAAGCGUAGCAUAAACGAGAAAAUUGGAUUAUCGCA